AUGGGUCUCACAGUUGAUGAUAUCAUGGACAAGAUUGGCAGCUUUGGACGGUAUCAGUACCGACUGCUGUUCAUCUUUGGUUUUAUGAAGAUCUUUGGAGACGGAAUUCAGAUUAUGAUUCCGACCUUCCUGUCCAUUGAACCAGCGUGGCGAUGUAAAGACAACAAUUCUGCGUGCAAUCUCACUGGAUUAUUCCGACCGGGAAACGACAAUUACAGUUACCGCUGCUCGAUUCCUAGGGAUGCAUGGGAGUUUGACAGAAGUGAAAUUAAAAGCUCGGUUGUGACUGAGGUGAGAUCGAUCAGUUUAAGAAUUAUAAGUUAAAACGUGUAUUAAAGGUAUGUUUAGCUCUAUCCUCUAAAAAUUGCUGCUAGACAGAAACAAAUGGAGAUGCCAUGAUAAUGUGAUCUAAGGGUGCGUUCCUUUGGGAUGAUCGGAUCAGGAUCAGUGAUCUGAGAUCACUCGGAUCAUGGCGGAUCAAAUGAACCAAUGAAUCCUUGUCCAGAGUGGAUUCAUCGGUUCAUUUGAUCUACCAUGAUCCGAGUGAUCACGGAUCACUGAUCCUGAUCCGGAUCAUCUCAAAGGAACGCACCCUAAGUUUGCUUAAUAUUGUCUUUCUCUUAUCUUUACCUUUUGGUUCGUUUCAAAAUUCAGUCGAUUCUCCUAAUACCCUCUUCACUUUAUUGACUACUGCAUACUUGUCAAAACUCAGAACAAGCAGGUUUUUUAUUGUUUCUAUUGUAUUGUUAUUUCUUUUGCAGUUUGACUUGGUUUGUAGAGUAUCAGCACUGUCUGUACUUAACAAAGCCAUUAUGUUCCUGGGCUACAUGAUUGGUGUCCUUUUGGGGGGAUUUUUAUCUGACAAAUUCGGACGCAAACCUGUAGUGUACUACCUUUCUGUACUCUGCAACAUCCUGGCACUGGGUGCCUCCUUUAUCCAAGUUUACUGGCUGUACAUUUGCCUUAGAUGUGUGGUGGGUCUUACUAUCGGUAAGUUAAGUGACUCUGACUGAUGAUAGAUCAGCGCAGUCACUGAGCCUGAAAUAUUCUUUUUUUCUCUCCGUAAAAGGCCUGCAAACUACAAUGAGUCAAAAGUGUUGUGACCUUCCCAGUGAUAUUAGUAAAACUAUCGACGUCCUUCCUCCCACCCCACAAUUUUGAAUUUUAAGCAAAAUGGAUGAAAAUGAGUCCUUCCUUUCCUUGCUGAAGGGAGUAAGGAAAUAACGGAAUGAAUCCAAAGCUUAUCAAAGUAUUCGGUUACUAGCUAUAGGAGAAGAGUCAUAUGUAACAAAUAAUUGGAAGGGUUUUUCCUUAGUGUUCCAUUUGACUUCCAAAUCUCCCCCUCCUACACCAAACAAUGUUGAAUUUUGAGCAAAAUGGUUGGAAAUGGUUCUUCUCGGGGUAUCAGCGUUGCUGAGGGAAGAAAGGGGAUGAAGGGGCGGGUGAGCCCAAAGCCGAUCCAAAAAAUUGUUACUAAGAGCAGAAGUCAUAUGUAACUUGGAAGGGUUUUUCCAUAGUGUCCCAAGUUCAUAUAAUUUGACUUCCAUUAUAAAGUUAACAAAUUGUAAGUUCUAAAGUGUUGCGAUUAGAGACUUGGCAGUACUACAUCGUAAAGUAUGACCAGGGACAGACAGUAAACUGCAGGCAAACGAACUUUCCUUAGAAUUGCAAACAACAUGUUUUUCAAAUCAGCUUAUGGCUCAGUCAAUUCCAAGCGUACCCAUCCCCCCGGGCAUUUGUCGGGCAUUUGUCAUUUACCAUCUUUUCCGGCUGUGAGGAUUUGACAGAAAACCUUUGCCCGGGGGUGGAGCUUUUGUCAAUUCUUCUAGAAGCGGUUUACGUCGUUCCUUUUUCAAUAUUUCGUUUAAAAAAAAUAUGCCUAGUUAGAAAGCUUGAGAUAUUUAUAUAAAGAAUAUUUUUAAUACCUAUGCUUUAAAAAGAUAUGUGUGGUUUUCGCUCCAUCAUUUCCCUACCCCUCAGUAUUUUUUGCAUCCGUCAAAGAAAUUGCUUCCCGCCAUCGUGAGCUGCUCUCAUAUGGAAGAAAAACAAUCAAUGUAUCGUUUGUAGAGUUUAAAGGACAGGAAACUUUCUUUGUGCGUGAAUGGCUGAGGCAGAAAGGCCUAAAAAACCUCUGCGAGAUGUUUGAGAUAUUUCGUGUAUUGUACGAUGAAUACGACAAUUAAUAUGCUGACGAAACGUUUCCGUGAUAAGAACGUACUCAUGUAAGGCUCGUCGGUGGUUUGUUUAUCAUUUAUCAUAAAAUAUUAAACAACUUCGAAAUGAGAAAGUUAUUAUUAAAAUGCUAAUUUAUAGUUCUGUCAUUGAGAUUAAUCAGAUCAAUGACAGUGAUCUUUUUUGCAAUAAUUAUAACUAACGUCUAGAAGCGUUUUGCUUAGGGUGCUUCACGUACGAGUUUGAUCAGAUCAUUACAGAUUUCCCAUAGAGAUGGUAUUUGCAGCUUAUUUACUGGGAAAUGCACUUUGUUGUCCCGGGGUGAGGCAUUUGUAACCUAUUUUGUCUAGUAUAAUCAAGCCAAGAAUGCUCGUUGACACACUGAUUAUCAGUAAACGGUAGUUAUUAUUCAUUCAAAUUAUUUCUCCGUUUCUGAUUGGCUAAAAGCACAUGCAUAAUUCACCAUAACCGGAUACUGUUGACCAAAUUUGGAAGAAUUUUGCGAUUAAUCAACUGAUGACGUCAAAAUUGCAGCACAGUUGCAGUUUAAUGCACCGUUAACCGAGAAGACCUGUGGACGAGGUUGAGUUGUUGUAAUUGUGCAAAGGAAAAUGGCUGAACAGUCGGCUGAACAUUUUACUCGUUUCACGACGAACUAUUGUCUAAAAACAUAGCAAGAAGACAACUCGGAGGGUGUUAUCCACCUCGAUCUGCGUAAUUCUUCAUAUCCUACUCAGCCUCAUUCAUUAAUUGCUAAUUAUUGAAAUACUUCAAUUAACAGGAGCCUCCUCUCUGUCCAUGUACGUCUUACUCGUGGAAUAUGUUGGAAAACGUCACCGUCACGUGAUUGGAACCACGCUGUGGUAUUUCUGGGUCAUAUCGCUAAUGCUGAUUCCAUUGUUUGCCUACCUGAUAAGGGACUGGAGAUCACUUUCCAUCGCCGCAGCAACUCCAGGCCUCCUACAAGUAUUUUUCUGGUGGUAAGUAAUAUAUAGAGUGUUUCCACAUGACGUCACGGCGGCCAAAUUGGUGUCCCUAACCAAUCCUGUGGGAAUUGAACUCUUUUCUUAUGUAAAUGCUUUCUUUUGUUCCAAUAAAUUUGCAUAGAUGCUGUGGCCACGUGAGUGAAAACGCUCUGUAACGUUCAUGGUCUAAUAGACGCCCUUUCUCAAUUAAACGUCUCUUGUCUAUUAAACGCCCCCUUACGCUUUUUACUUUUUAUUAAACACACGUCUUUAAUUAACUCCCCCGUCUAGUAAUAGCCCCGCUUGAUAGUUGCCCCAAAAUACUAGGAAAUAGCGAAGUAGAGCAAAACCAUUCAAUUUUUCAGUUUCUUGUUUGAUUAACAAGAGCUUGCGCAUUGCAUCUUAUUCAACGUCAAGUUCUGACAUCGAAGUUGAGCUUUUGAAAAAAACGACAUGAUGGGCCUAAACGGCCUAGAUGUAUUGAUAGAUGGACUAUAGUCUACUAUAUAUAUAUACUGUGGAGAUACAUUCGCCAAUUGCAUGUUAACUUUGUGGAGUUUUUUUUUACAGUUAUGAGAACAAACGCCUCUCUUUUAAACUCCUUUCUAUUAAAUGCCCCCGCUUGGGCUCCUAAAAUCGGAAAGAUGCCUCGGGUGUCUAUUAUAUCGUUAACGGUAGGUUAGUCUAGGGCAUUUGAUGAGCUUCGAUUGUAUGUAAACGGUUAAUUUCUAUCUUUCUGCAAAUUAGAGAUGUUUGUUGCAAGCUGAUGCCAGCCUGAUUAUCCCUGAUCAUAGGGACCUGCUGUUCAUACUUUACCACAUAAGUUUUCGUAUCGGCACGAAAAGCCAUCUCUUAUAGUGUAGGCAUAUCGCUGCAACCUUCGCCUUUUGGGUGGUAGCUUGGGAGAGAUUCGAAUACAAGUAAGCUUACACGAAACAUCUCUUUUUGUUUUUGUUUAAUGCAACAGGCUUCUUAAGCAUAAAUGAUGACGCACUUGUAUUCGCUCUCUCCCCCAGUGUAGUUCUAUAUUUCAAUUGUUACUUUAGUUAUCUCUUUCAAUGUUAUCAACUCCCUUAGGUUCAUUCCAGAAUCGGCUCGUUGGCUUUUAGUAAAAAACAAAUCAGAACAGGCCUGGAAAGAACUCGAAAAGGUUGCUGCUUUCAACAGGAAAGAAAUGCCAGAUGAGGAGCUUGAACAGAAAGAUGCUAACGAGGUACAGAGAACUGGAGACUUCCGAGAUCUCUUCAACUCCUUCAACAUGACGAAAAGAACUCUUAUCUCCUGUUUUUCAUGGUAGGCUCAUCAUGGAAUGUUAACUUAUUUGCCCGUUAGGUCUAAUCUGAUCCAUAUAUUCACUCUUUCCAAACAUUUUGAAUGUUCUUUCAUUAACAUUGAUUGAUCCGGUUUUAUAAGAGAAAGUCAUUUCGAGCUCACAAUAUAUUAAAAUCAGCCCUCUAGCAGAUUUAAAAGGAUGUCAGUUAUACAAAAUGUUUCGUCCGGUCAUUGAAAAAGGUCUGGGUUCAAAUCUAAGUCAGGAGUGUUGUUCUAUUACUCGUGAUGUCGUAGGUCGGAAACCCCAAAUGAAACCCAGCUGUGUCACACACCUCAUAGUAUAGUCGAGAAUAUUUGGUGUCCAUUCCCUUUUUUGUCCUAUGACUGCAGCUAUUUCUUGGGGAAAAACCCUCGGAAACCAGAGGGAAAAUUCUGCAUUUUUCUGCGCUGAGACACUAUCUGACGUGAAGUCAUGACGUAUGCUAGUCGCGCACGAUAGUCGUAUGCAAAAAUUGUACCGUCUCAAUCGGCCUUAAUCGGCCUAAAUCGUGUACUUAAUUCAUGUUUGCUGCAUUUUAUAUAAAUGGAUUACCCUGGCUUACAAUAAUACAAAAUACCCACCUCACUGUCUUUUAACAUUUUAUCUUUAUCUGUGUUAGGAUGGUCAUAUCACUGGUUUAUUACGCUGUUUCGUACAGCGCGGGAACGUUUGGUGGAAAUCGUUAUUUGGUGUUCUUCUUGACGAGCCUCAUAGAGAUUCCUUCUAACUGGACUUGCAUAGUGCUGUGCAAGAAGUACGUAAUAGUUAGCAACAAACGUAGAUUAGCUAAAUAGAAGAAACAAGACCAACCGCAGCAAACUGGUCUACUACACAAACUAAUAAGCUAACUACUCCAAACUACAUAAAACCAUACCAGUUGCCCACAACCUACGCCAACUACUCCAAAAUACACCCGAAAGUAUACCAGCUCCAACAAUGCACACCAAACUACACCAAAUUCGAGCAAAUAGGCCCUCUACACAAACUGCCAAACUACUCCAUUACACAAGCUGCAUGAACUGCUCGCAAAUAUUAUAUUUCAACAUACCAAAAAGCACCAACUACACCAAACUAUAUCAAACUACAGAAAAUAAAAACGUCGUGUUGAUGCAGAACGGGAGGUAUUAUAUAUAUUUUAAUCGUUUUUAUUAUUUUUAUUCAGGAUUGGCCGAAAGAAAACCACUGUGCUAGGCGUGGUUGUUUCCUGCAUUGCCUCCAUUGUUGCAGUUUUGUUCCAGCGUAACCUGAAAAACACAGGUAAACCAUGAAGAAAUUUCAUUAAGCUAAAUUAUUUAUUUGAUAAGGUGCGUUAUAUUUUCUGGGCAACUUGAAGUCUGAUAUGGACCCAGCUACGGUUUACUUUAUCUUCUCAAACUCAUUAAUAAUUCAGAAAGAAAAUACAAAGGAUAUUAAUAUCUAAUGAGUGUUUGGAAAUCAGAUGAAAAACUGCUCAUUUUUGCAUCCUUAAUUUCUCCUACUAAGAUUAUAUUGUUUGAGAAGUAAUAUCACGCAUGAGACACAGUGUUUCAUCACCAGAUGAAACACCUCGAAGUUCGUCAAAAAUACUCCGCUGCCCGUCGUAUUUUCUCUUCUCGGUGUUUGAAUUAUUAUUGAACUCCAUUCACCCGAAUUCCAAAAAUUUACCCUUGAGACACGGGGUAGUUUCCCCCCCGGGGGGGAGGGUACUCCCUUAUAUAAGCCAUAUAGGUAUGUGCCGCCCCAUCGGGUAGGGUUUUUGCGCCGUUUUGGUCUGAAAACGGGUAUAAACUUUGUCCAUUUUGGUCUGAUAUCGGGUUGGGUUUUCGAGGGAACUAAGGGAGUGUAUGAACAUUGUUAUCAUUUCAAUUCCAAGUGAGUGAGAAAGAAAGAGAAAUAUGCCAGUUCGAAAUGGAUUUGAAUAUUUUUUGUGUUCGUGCCCUAAUAAAUCUGAUAAUGAUAUCACAAUUUCCGCCUAAAUGCCAGAAAACGGGUAUGGAUCUUACAGGUCUGGUGUGAAAACGGGUGUGGAUAGUUACAUAUUUUGGUCUGAAAUCGGGUCAGGAUUUGAAGAACCGGGCGGCACACCCCGACCAAGAAUUCCCAGGAGUACCCCCCCCCGGGUAGUUUCCAAGCGCCUUAGUUGUAUAUUGCUGCCCAGAAAUUUUCGUAUCUUUAAAUCUUUUACAUGCGAUUAAAUAUUGUUUCCGGCCAUUCGUUCUGACUAUCUAUUUCUCUCGUUGCAGGAUUCCUAGUGGCAAAUAUCAUCAUGGCACAAGGAGUCGCCAAAUUCUUCAUCAACAUGUCAUUUAGUUCAAUCUACGUGUUCUCUAAUGAACUUUUCCCGACAGUUAUCAGGUAUUACCACAUUCAUUCGUAAAGCAACAAAGAUAGUACGCGCGCUCUGAUUGGCCGAGAGGUGUUUUUGCAGGAGAGUAUGUAAACAUGGUUGCGACGUCAAGGUAUUUUGCUUUUCGAGCGCUAAUCACGCGAGCACGAAUUUGAAAAAAAAACUGAGUUGAAAACUCGACAAGUUUACUUUAUUAUUUUACCCAUUCCCCUUGUCGGCUGAAACUUGGAAAAACUUUACAAACAUGCCGUGUCAAUAUUUUUUCGCUUAAGCUGACAUUAAUAUAAGCGAGAAAAAUCGUUAUUUUGGUAGGCAUCUUUUUUGCAAAUCAAGAGCUGAUUACGCGUGCAAAACUUCGUGUACAAGACUGCGACUGGUAAGAAUUUCUCUUUUAAUCAGCGCCAUGAUAAAGUGUUUUGAGUUUUUCUCGGGAAAGUUAAUUCAUAAAAGCAAUAGAAACCUUUUUUCCUGUAUUUGCAUAGCCUGAUAUAGACACUUCGUCUCGGGUUGACGUAACUGUUUCGAAUUCUCCCACGAAAUAUCAGUGGCAUGGAGAGCCUGUCCAACGUUAUUUUUAGGCCAAAAACAUGGAGACAGGGUCUCCCAUGAGUUCCCAACUAUUGGCAGGUAUUCCCAUAUCCUCGUCCUUAGUCAUUUCAGUUUCAGACGAAACGGUGGCCUCGGUUAAAUGAUAUAGUUACAGGCCAGGGGAUCUUGCCCGCUAGUGGAUUCAGAAAUAACCUUUACUGUCAUUCAGUCCAAAUUUUUUCUCUGUUCCUAAUUGGCUCAAAUCCCAGGGCUGAUUUUUUAUAACCAGCUGCGUUAGAGCGUUCCCCCCCCCUCCCACUUCCUCACCGAUUUGGAUUGUGUCUAGGCCUAUUAUUGAUGAAAAAAUGCAUACGCGUUAUUGACCAAGGUGGAGGUCAAGAUAGCGGAAUAUUGGUCAAGUUUUUUUUGGCAUUUCUUCUGGACCGAGAUGAAGUCAAAGUAAAAGCGCAAAAAGUAUGAGGCCUAUGUCCAACCCAGGGGCUCCCUUCUUCAAAAAAGGAUUGAUUUUGUUCUUGCCCGCUUGAGGUUUCAGCCAUAUAAUAAACUAAAAAUAACUACUGUAUGGUUAAGUAACAAAGAAAUAUUUUCAUAUAUUUUCAAGGAACAUCGGUAUGGGAGUAUCAUCUGCUUCAGCACGAAUUGGAUCAAUGUCGGCACCGUAUAUCGUUUGGCUGGUACGUUAUUGUGUUGUUAUUGUACACUGAAGUUGUCAGCCUUUCUUAGAUUUUCAUUACAUUUAAGAUUUCUAAUAUUUUGAUACAUUUUUUCAGGUUCGUUUUCAUGUUCUCCUGCCAUACUCCAUUGUGGCAGUUCUUGCUUUCUUGUGUUCCGUCCUGUGCUUUCUGCUACCAGAGACAAGAGACGCCGCAACGUUGGAGAACAUCGAUUCCGUCAACAGCAGCGCCAUAGAAAUGAGAGAGAAGGAACCAGUUUCUCCUGAACCAAACGAGGAGAAAGAAGAAUUAGGAGAACUGUUGCUCAAGGGGGACCAACCUGCUUAAACUACAUUGGUAAAAAGAAACAUACCUGGGGAGUAGAGAGAGAAAAAAGGUUGAGCCGUUUUCUCAUGCUUAAACCUUAAGGACUUUAGGUGCCUUUAAAAAUGCAUGUGAUACUUUUGUAAUAUUUUAAAUCAUCUCGUGACAGUUAUAAUUGGAAGGUUUUGCAAGAGAGGGUUACCUAUCGGGUGUCAGUGAAACGCAGAGUCAGGGUCGGGGUCGGGGUUUAGAGUUGGGGUUGACACUUACCCUAACCCCAACCCUAGCCCUAACCAUAACCCUAACCCCUAUCUUGGUUUCUGUGAAGGACAUCCGACCCCGGAGAGUGGGACUACUCUCGAGUUCAAUUUUGGACAUAGGGUUGCUGUUGAGGCUUUAAAACCUUGACCUCGCUUAGAACAAAGUAAUAACCAAAUAUACACCCAGCGUAGCUAAAGGUAGAUUUAUUUUCAGCUUAGGCGUAUUGCCGUUACAUUGCUUGUUUUUUUUUUUGGAGCUUAUACGAGUAGGUUCCAAAUAAAUCCAACCAAAGUUUAUGCUUAGUUUUGUUUAUGUUUAUGCUUCUGUUAAUGCUCAUAAAGAGGGCAGCCAUUCAUAAUGGUGCAGUCACAGUCCAAUAAAGAGUGAAUAAAGAUCCUCGUGUCAUCAGACUUUACGUACCUAGCCUCUUCAAGUUUCAUAGGUGUGUCUUGGAUAUCAGUUCUUAGAGUCAGACCAAAAGAGUCACAACGAGUCUGCUACCCCUUUUCACCUCCCGUCUUCGGUCCAUAGAAUGAAUACAGCGAGAAAACCCCACACGAUUUUUUAGUGUUUACAAAAACAGUAUUACAUACCAGGGCCGUAGCCAGAAAAAAAUAAGGACUGAGGCAAUAUCCAUGGUUGAAUUCCCCGCCUAGCUAUUCAGGGUCUUUAUGAUGACUACGUUUAAACAAAACACUGCCAGGAUCAAACCUUAAAUGACUGAGGCAAGUGCCUCGGUUUGCCUCAUACUGGCUACGGCCCUGCAUACCCGCUUUCUGGAUAUUAUUAAAGAUAAAACAUUGUGUUUAAAGAUGUUCUAGUCCAGAGUGAUACACGAAUUCACUUUUUUUUUGUAACAGAUGUGUUGCUUAAUUUGUGUGUUCAGUGGACCUUGAUAUAACGAGCCUCUAUCUAUAUUUUUAUCGAGGCCUUCGAUAAAACGAACGAUAUAUCCCUCGCCCCAACAACGAUAAAUGGAAAAGAACCUCGAUAUAACGCUUUGAAGUGAACUGACAUAUUUUGGCGUUAAUUCAGAUGAUUUGUUAUAAGCUGAAUAUAUGGGUUUUGCGAGGUGCAGUUAACAGAGAGGGUAGCCUUGCUAAAAUGAAAAUAAAAUGACAAAAAAAAUAGCGCUUGGAGUCGGUAUAGUAUCAGACGCAAACAAACCACGAUUGACCAAGGUUUAGUUUCGUCUUCGGCCCAGGCUCAGUUACACCAGGCUCGUCUGAACGGUUUAGAAAAUGACCUUAUCUAUCAGGUGACUUGUACCUAUAACAUUCGUCUUCUUAACGGGUGUAGAGCGCGGGUACAAGAGAUGAGGGAGCAACGAAUGAUGGGAAGACGAGAGAGACCUCUUAUAUCCCAUCCAUCCUUACAUCUUAGCUUUAAAAAAAGAGCUAUAGUGUGCAGCUUUUUAUUCCUGUAUAAAUACACCCUUUUCAAUCGGCGGUCAUGUAAGUCCCUAGAGAAGAAAAAAAAGUGUUUUCCGGGUGUAGAAUACCCUGGUCCUAGAGUCUUUCUCCGCUUGAGAGACAGAAAUCCAAUAUUUGGGCUCGCUCUCUCUCAAACGGAGAAAUUCAAGCAGCUGGAACCAGAGUAGGUCUCAACUCGUUCCAUUUUCCCUGCAAGGCUGGACGUGCAGAUACUUUCAACUCGAGAGGGCAUUCUCUUAAAAGGCUUGGUUCAGAGGCCGCUCCACUCAUGUGCCGAACCUAAUUGAAUUAGGUUCGACUUUGGAGCGACAUUGGCGAGUCAAAUGAUUCAGACGGCGUACCGUGUGUCGAUCCUCACCUUUAUUUCAUUUACAAAAAAAGAGAAAGGCCUGGGUCCGAUACCAUAAUCACGCGCCACAACUGAACUUUUCUCUAUUUUUGCCGUAUCCAGGAGGGGUACUCCGGAUUUCAAGCCACAGGAAUGAUCGAAUGGGGGUAAAAAUCAAACCCCCCCAAAAAUCUCUGGACCAAAAUUUAACCUCCAAAUAAUCCAGUGCCUAAUUUCCUAGCCAUAAAAAUUUCCAGAAAACAUUAAAUGAUAUAACACGAAAAAUAGAAAUAUUAGUAAAUUAUGGAAUGUUUGUGUUUGUUUAUUUACCACACCAUCUCGAGUAAGAAGCUUUUUCGCAUCUGGUGGUCAUUGUAACAACACUCCAGACACCCAAUAACUUAUUAAAACAGUUGCAAAACAAGUUUGGUUUUACGUUAUCCGCGGACGGUACGCGGUCUGGAUAAGUGGGAUACGCGGGAACUAGCCCUACCACGAAUCUGCAUAUUGUUUUGAAUACCCCCCCAAAAAUCCUAACUUAAAUCAAGCUACCCAAAAAGGUAUUUGCCAAAAAUUUUCCUACCCGAAAUCCAAACUUUCGAACCCAAAAAAAUCCUUCGAGCAUCCCUGUCACUUGAAAUCCGGAGUACACCCCCCCCCGACGGGGUUUGCCGGAUUCAAUUGAAUUAUUACAUUGGACCUUUUCGUGCUCUUCCGUAACUUCUUCUUUAACAUGGCUCACAAUAUGCGAAUGAUCUGCCCGCUUUCCAGCCCUUAACAGUUUCACCGAAAUAUAAGUAUUCCUGGCACCGUAAACAAGUAUAGUUUGUAUUCUUAGAGCAAGAUGGGCAAGAUUGUUCUUCUUUAUCAGCCAUUUUCCUCAAUUUAGUGCUCUGCGCAUGGCAAAUCAGGUAAAAACAAGCAAGAUUAUGGGAAAAAAAAUUGUAAAUUUAAUGUAUGCGUAAUGCAUGCAUUAGGCUCGAGCGCACCCGCCGCUCUACUGUCGAAUAAUGCGACGUUUGGCGUAGUUCCGCACCAAAUGAAAACUGCUUUGGCAAAUUGAUUCAGACGCCGCUCUUUUGCCGCACUCAAUUCAUCAGUUAGGUUCAGCACAUGAGUGGAGCAGCGUCUGAACCGGGCCUUAUUUGGCCUAGAUGGGUAUGUGCUGUGGUUUUCCUCGUGAUCACUAGUCUUAAACAUUCACUAGUUAACGUCUUGAACAGGGUGUAAAAAUAAUCUGACUCAACGCGAAAAGAACUGAGUCAGAGUCAUAAAUUAAGAUCUCUUGUCUUAAACAGGGAUCCAAAAUGCACUAGAAAAAUAAAUUUUCUUUUAAACAGGGUUUGGGUUUGAACACCUCUACCCUCGCCCUCCCCCCCCCCCGAGGGGGCGUUUACUGGAAGUCGUCGUGAAUAACCUACCUUCGAUAUACAACUCGAACUCUAACGGGAAACAGAAAACAGUUCGAGUUUGCGGGGAAUUCAAGUUUUCCGAGUUCGAGCUAUCGAGCCGUUUUUUCUACCGUAUUAAAAUUCUUUCAUGACCCGCCGCUUUCUGGUCAUAUUUCUAUAUUUGGUUUGGUUUUCUUUUAGCCUCCCCGCAGACGUCGUUUGGGGUUCGUUUGUAGCCUGUUCCAGGCGUUCAGAUAGUGGGGAGCGGUGCGAAGUAAAAGGGAGCGCGAAAAAAUAAAAGCGAGGGAGGAGGAGAGGUGAGAGAGGGAACGCCUGUUAGAUUUGUUUUAAAUAGACUCUUCCACCCAGUCAGACCGCAUCAGCUGUAGGUGGUCUUCACUUGUCAGUCAAGACUGGUGUUACAGCCCGAUGCAUUUAUUAUUUUUCUUGCGAAUAAAUCGACGUUUGUCAGAUCAAAAAUUAAUAUUAUGUAUACGUAAUCUUACUAAAAACCCAAUGUAAGACUUUCAGACAAUAGAAGGCGGGAGAAGUAUUCAUGUAUAAUGAAUUUAUUUACGGCUUUAAAGCAUGAUUUCAGCGUGUACGUGACAAAAAAUUAUGAAUCAAGUGACAAAAAAAUAUCGCUCAUUUCGAUAGAAAGCCGUUUCAAUACAGAUCGUUAACUCAAGCAAUGAAAAUGCACAACAAUUGAAGGGAAAAUUUACUAUUCCGUGAUUGAGUGGACGUCGUCAAUAGCGAUAGCUGCAACUUGCUUUCCAAGCUUUC